AUGGCAGGCAUUGUAAACAUCUCAAGCGAUAGCGAUACUUCGUCAGACUUUUUCGAUUAUUCAUCCAGUGAUAGCGAUGAAUAUUGUAUGCGAUUUGAGGAGGCAGGCUUGGAAAAACCUAAUGAUACUGACCAAGACAGGGUUAUGAUAAUGCCGUAUUUAUAUGAGCCAGAGCCUUUCGAAGACGAACCAGUUCAACCAGCUGAUCUGGACGCGAUGGAAGUUGAGGACGAAAUUGACUAUUCUGUCAUUGAAAACUGGUGCACCUGUAGUAAUUGCCAGGUCCUCCCAACCCGGAAAGAAUGCGUCUGUUGCCAGACAAUUGGCAGCUACUGUGCGAAGUUGGCAGAUUUCGAGGAAGAAGUGGAGCAGGAGUGCAUUACAAAACAUUCUGGAUUUAGUCCUGUCUGCUUGAACAAAUAUUUGUUGGAGACUGCCUGGCUGCAGUACCGCCAGCAGUAUGGCAAGAAGGCAUUCACUGGUCCAGACCACAAACGUAAUCGCCAUGUUGCUUAUAGACAAUUGGUUCGGUGGUGCUAUGGUUUUCUGGGGAAAGACAUUCGCGUGUUUCUCCCUGCAUGCGCUGUUGCCAUGAUAAGAGCAUUCUUCCCUCCCCCAGGCAUGGAAGAAGAGGCCGAAUUUGUGGGAUUUGUGGACUUUGAUGCAUGA